AGUGUAGUGUAGUUUAUUUGUGCAACAAUCUUGCCACACACAGCAAAAACGCGAUGGACCCGUUAAUGUGCCGCCUUUGCCUGACGCCGAAUUCCGGCACAGUGCCCUUGUUCAACGUACAAACCAUGGAACCGAACAUCCUUGUCAUCCAGAAAGUGGUGGAAUGCACUUCGAUAAAGUUAAACAUCGCCGACGACUAUCCGUCGUCGAUUUGUUCGGAUUGCCUACAGAAGCUAAACGAGUGGUCCACCUUCAAAAUUCAGUGUAUUGUAAACAAUGAUUUCUACCGGAGGAAACAGGUUGAAAUUCGAACGCAGAUGGCUAAACGGCAAGCAUCACCGGAGGUGGUUUGCCUGGAUGACGACGAUAGUGAGGAAGAGCAACAGCAGUUGCAAUCAGAAUCGCCAACUAAGGCAAUAUUACCCGAUAAAGCAGUGGUUGAAGUUGUAAUUGACGAUGAUGAAGACGAAUUUAGCAAGGGUCAAUUACAAUCCGAGAUCGACGAUAAUGAACUGUAUAAUGUGGCUCAGACAUUAUAUCAGGACGAAGCAUCGCUGGACGAUUACGAGCUGGUCGAAGGACAAGAGAUAGAAGAGCCCUAUCCAACGCAAUUGGUAGAAUAUCCACCGAUGGAUAGCAGUGCCAUCCUUACUUCGAUCCUGCUGGAUGACGAUGACAGCAGUAACUCCCUGCUGGAGGAAGCAGAACAGGGAAUGUACGAAAAGGAACUGUUCAGCUGUUCUUUCUGCAAACGACGCUACUCUUCGGAACGGAAGCUUAAGACGCACGAAAAGUUACAUGCGGAAAACCGCAUGAAGUGUCUGGUUUGCGGCAAAUGGAUCGUCCUCCAGAUGAUACGGCAUCUCCGGUCGCAGCACCCGGGACAGCUGUUUCCCGAACCGGUGCGCUGCUGGCACAGUAAGUGCGUUAACUCUCCGGACCUGUACUGCAGUGUAGACCAACUGCUGGCCCACAUGGACACGAAACGGAGAAAGUAGACUGUCAUCUGUCACAGAAAGUGUAGUAUUAUUAAGAGAGAAACUUUACUCCAACGCUGCAAUUGAAACUUAUACUCGCGCUUAACCACAACAAUCGUGCGUGGUUAUCGUGCAAUCACAUUUUUACAUUACGCAACAACGAGCUGUUUUAUUCCGUCAGGAAGCCUGA